ACAUGCUGUGAUGCCUGGUCUGCCUGGCCGCUGCCUGGGUGACUGUUGAACAUCAAAAAAUUGCGCGCGCGAACUUAAGAACACCAGAAUGUGCCGACAAGAAGUUAACGCAAGCAAACUUGAACUCUCGCCUCAACAUUGACUCAUACACAUCACCAUGUCGUUCACAGCUACCCCCCUCUAUGGCGGCGCCAUCACAGUCGACCUGCCCUCCAAUUUCGCCGACACAAGCCAAAUCCGAGAGGUACCAGAUCAUCAGGAGGUCUACUUAGACACCAAUGGCUACGCAUCCAUUGUCGUCGAAAUUCUUGAAUACCAGGAGAAGGGCAGCGACGACGAGGCCCUACAGUAUCACUUUGCCGACCUCGUCGACGAAGAGGACAGCACGAACAUCCUGGAGCAGGGGCAUGCCGUGAUGGCAAAGCUGAAUAACAAGCCAGUCUACACACUCAAGUUCAUCCAGACGCCGCCGCCUGACACCAACCCCGGCCGUAAAGUACCUGAAUUCGUUUACAUUCACCUGAUGCUGCUGCGUCUCAAGGAACAGGGUACAGACCUGAUGGUCUCGGUCAACAUCCCGCACUACCCAGGCGAGUACGAGAAGUCCAAGAACGGCGAAGAUGAGGUUACCCCAUUGAUGAAGGAAGGCGAGUUGAUGAAGGACAAGAUAUUAGAAAGCUUUGAGAUCAAGGAGUGGGGACUUUUCGAGGGUUGAGCAUGAGUCCUAGAGCCAUAACCAUCAGCUAUCAUCGUAGGCUCAAGAGCAGGAUUUGAAAUCGGAUGACCAGCGAUAACAACACGUCUCUUUAACAAAGAGCAAUAUUAUCUCAUUCCUGAACAUAGGUAGUUCCUUUCCAGCAUCACUUUCCACACCCCGACCAUUUGUUCUUCACAUCCAUCUUUCCAUGUCACGUCACACCUUACUCCAGCAUCUCAUUUCUACUACAGAUCCGUAUAUGAUCUUUACAACACAGG